GAUAAAGCAUAAUACAUUAGUCGCAUGUUUUAAAUAUAAAGGCAAUAAUAGUGCAUACAGCGCCACCAUGCGUUUAUCGUGUAAACUUUAACCUCAAAUUUAGCUACCACAGCGUCAUCUUUUCCCUCUCGUUGUCGAGUCAUCAUUGACGAUAUAUUGAAAAGUUUCGUCAAUGCAUAGAUUUGUGCGUGAGUUUCAAGUUAACCGUUAAUAACUAUUAAAGUUUGCUAUAAAUAAGGUCACGAAAUAAAGAUCAUAUAUUGUAAGAAUCAUUUAUACGAUUAAAAUCGUUCAAAAUGAGUCGUAAAAGAAUACAUAAUGAAGACGAUGGAUACGAACGUAUCUAUAAAAAGCGAAGACGUGUUUCAGAAAAUCAAGAAAUCGAAGAUCGUUUAGAAUGUUUAAUUCUAAGAGUAGGAGAAAAAUCAACAUCCUCCUUAGAAAGUAAUUUAGAAGGUCUUGCUUCAGUUUUGGAAGCUGAUCUUGGAUUAUUUCGUAGUAAGAUAUUACGAAUUUUAACAGAUUGUGCUAUUAAAAUGCCAGAAAAAUGUACCAUUUAUACAACUCUGGUUGGCUUAUUAAAUGCAAAAAAUUUCAAUUUCGGGGGUGAAUUUGUUGAUUUUAUGGUAAAAAAUUUCAAAGAUGCUUUAAAGGCGUGCAAAUGGAACGUAGCAAGAUAUUCGCUCAGGUUCCUUGCAGAUUUAGUUAAUUGUCAUGUUCUAUCGUGUGGCUCAUUGAUGCAGUUAUUCGAUAACAUGUUGGAUGCUGCAAAUGAAGAUAGUGUACCACAAGUAAGACGCGAUUGGUACGUUUUUGCUGUUUUAUCUACAUUACCAUGGGUCGGAAGAGAACUCUAUGAGAAAAAGGAACAAGAAUUGGAUCAUUUAAUGGUAACCAUUGAAAUAUUUUUAAAUAAACGUAGCAAGAAACAUCAACCAGCUUUAAGAGUUUGGUCAAGCGACACGCCUCAUCCACAAGAAGAAUAUUUGGAUUGUUUGUGGGCACAAGUUAGAAAACUUAGGCAAGACAAUUGGGCAGAGAAACACAUUCCCAGACCAUAUCUUGCUUUUGAUUCUAUUUUGUGUGAAGCAUUACAACACAAUUUGCCUGCGAUAAUACCCCCUCCGCAUCAUGAAAAUUGUACCUAUCCAUUGCCUACUGCUGUCUUUCGUAUGUUUGAUUAUACAGAUUGUCCCGCAGAAGGACCUCUAUUACCUGGUAGCCAUGCCAUCGAAAGAUUUCUUAUAGAAGAACAUUUGCGCCAGAUUAUUAACAAUUAUUAUUUUGAAAGGAAAGACUGUGCUGCACAAUUAUUGAACUUUCCAUACAAGGCCAAAAUUCCAUUGGAUUAUUGUAUAGUUGAAGUUAUAUUUGGAGAAUUAUUUAGAUUACCAACGCCUGAACAUCUUGAAAUUUGUUACGGAUCUAUUUUGAUAGAACUUUGCAAACUACAGCCUUCGACAAUGCCACAAGUAUUGGCUCAAGCAACAGAAAUUUUGUUUCGUCGAAUAGAUAGCAUGGCAGCUACUGCUUUCGAUAGAUUUGUUUGGUGGUUUUCAUAUCAUUUGAGUAACUUUCAAUUCCGAUGGUCCUGGGAAGAUUGGGAUUCUUGUUUACAACGUGAUCCAGAGCAUCCAAGACCUAAAUUUAUUAGAGAAGUAUUGCAAAAAGCCUUACGAUUAUCAUAUUAUCAAAGGAUUCGUGAUAUGAUGCCAGAAUCGUAUGCCGAAUUAAUACCUGCACUACCAGAACCUGUGUAUAAAUAUUCAUCGGAAGGAGCAAGCUCUCUACCUGGUACUGCUGCAGCUCAUGAACUAGUUGUAUCAAUAAGACGUAAAUGUACACCCGAAGAAGUUUUAAAUGUUCUAAAUACUUUACCCGGACCUAAGGAUCAUGAAGAAACAAAUAAUUUUAAUCCGCUGAAAAUUGAUGUAUUUGUUCAAACGUUACUUAAUCUUGGUUCGAAAAGUUUUAGUCACAGUUUUGCAGCUAUAGGAAAAUUUCAUUAUGUCUUUAAAGUACUUGCCGAAACGGAAGAAGCUGAAAUAUGUAUAUUAAGAAAUAUGUAUGCAUUAUGGAAGAAUCAUUAUCAAAUGAUGGCAGUAUUAACGGAUAAAUUUUUGAAAACUGGCAUUAUAGAAUGCAGUGCUAUCGCUAAUUGGAUAUUUUCUAAAGAAAUGGCAUCAGAAUUUACAAAACUAUAUAUAUGGGAAAUCUUGCAUCUUACAAUAAGGAAAAAAAAUAAACAUGUCAUUAAAUUAACUACGGAAUUGGCGGAAGCUAGAGAAAAAUUAAGAAGAGCUGAAAGUAGAUCUGGUUCUUCAUCGGAGGAUGAUGACACUAAUAAAGACCGUAAUAGAGAGAAACCAUCAGAAGAUGUUGUUGAAAGAAUGGAGGAAAAACUAGAAGCGGCACAAGCAGAUCAGAAAAAUUUGUUUCUCAUCAUAUUUCAACGAUUUAUAAUGAUACUUUCUGAGCAUUUAGUUAGAUGUGAUACAGAUAAUAUUGAUUACAAUACUCAUUGGUACAAAUGGACUAUAGGACGACUACAACAAGUGUUCUUGACUCAUCACGAACAAGUACAGAAAUAUUCAUCAACUUUAGAAACGUUAUUAUUUACUCCAGAUUUGGAUCCUCAUAUUUUAGAUGUAUUUCAUCAAUUUGUAUCUUUAAGAGCAUAAAUAUUCUAAUAAAACGUAUAAUUGUAAUUAUAUUCAACAACAACAACAACAAAAUAAUUUAAAUGGCUUCAAUUUAUAAAUCACGAUUACCAUGAUAUGAUAAAAGAUCCUAUUAUAUUUACAUAAAUAAUUAUAU